AGAGAGUCAGGGGCCCGCCUCUGCAAGAGAGAACACAGAUUCCAGUAUUAGUUAUGCUGCACAGAACCUUGAAUUGUCCCCCGGCGUGGCUCCAGGCAUGGAAAGGACAAGCUCCUCCUUGGAGAAGGAGACCGUAGAGGUCCCUAACAUCAGACCUGCAGUGCUGUCUAUUAGAGACCUGGAUGGCCUCAACACUCAGCAUUUCGUGGAAGCCAAAGAGAUUCUGCAUUUGUCCAAGGUUAAGUCUUUGUACCCAGAGCUGCCCGAGCCGAUCUUUGACCACACCAGUGCUGUGGCCACCAUUAAGCCUCUUGUCCCCAACGAGAGGCUCUAUCCGGAGCUCCCGCUGCAGCCCAGGUCUGUCCCGUUCACUAGGGAGCAGCUGAAGAUAUUCGAGCCGUGUUCUUGGCUGGAGAACGUGGACUCCUUCACCGAGGAGUUUGAGAGGGUUGCCCAUCAGGACCGCCACGAGUUCCACGAGCUGCUGAUGAACUAUGGCCGAUGCAGGAAGCAGCUUCUGCUGGCCGAUUCCAAGCUUCAUAUGAUGAUCUCCGACUGGAAGAACAUCAAAAGUAAAGUGUGGGAUUUUAAGGAAGAGCACAUGACUGUACAGGGUCUCUGUGAAGAUCAAGCCAAGGUGGUCGGGUAUCACCACUACCAGAGGGCUGAGGUCAAUACAUCAGCACUGGUGGACCUGAAACGGCUGUUUGAGCUGAAGUCGGAUCACUUAUGUCAGACGUUCGCCCUGCACUCUUAUACGUCAGUGUUAUCUCGGCUGCAGGUUGAGUCUUAUAUCUACGGGAUGGUCAACAAUUCCCCCUUCCUCAGGUCGGUGGCCGUCUACCACUCAGACCAUGGUGAGUUUCCUCCAAGUGCUCCUCAGAAGCUGGAGGGAUCUCACUCCGAUCUCAUCUUAUUGAAGGAAUGUAUCAGUGUUUUGUUCAGCUUCACCCGGCGGCUCAUCGAGGACACCCAGUUCCAGAAUGACAUUCUGCUGUGGCUUCAGAAGCUGGUCUCUGUGCUGCUGAAAGUCGGCUGUUUGGGGGAUCAUCUCUUCCUCCUAAACCACGUCCUGCGCUGUCCUGCUGGCAUUAAUAAAUGGGCAGUUCCCUUCAUACAGGUCCGAGUUUUGCACAAUCCAGCCGGCGUGUUCCACUUCAUGCAGCAGCUCGCCGUUCUCAUGUGUCCGGUCAGAAACCGCACCGACUUCCUGUGUCAUAUGAAACCCAAUGAGAGAAAAGGCUCCUCGGCGGGAAAAGAGUCUGGAAACUGGACACUGGUGGAUGAGGGAGGCGAGGAGGAUGAAGAGCCAGAGACAAGCUGGAUGUUGCUGUCGGAAGAAGACCUUAUUUGCCUUUUGGGACAGUUCCCGUUUCAUGAACUUUUCAAGAAUGUUCUCGGGUUCAAUUCAAGAGAGGAAUAUUUCCCUGAAAAAACCACACCACAAGAAAUGAUGAAGAUCUUUGCCUUUGCUAACUCCUUAGUCGAGCUUCUGGCCCUGGGCUUGGACACCUAUAACAGGGCGCGAUACCGCCAGUUUGUGAAAAGAAUAGGACGCAUUAUCAGGAUGACGCUAAGUUAUGUCAGUGACCACUGGGCUCUGUACCUGAGGAGUAACUGUGACAAAGAGCAGACGUCCGAGCUGUACUCACUUGGGAAGCUGCAGGCGGUGUAUGAUGAACUCUUCCUGACCAUGGUUCUUUAUGUGCUGAAGGCUAAGAGGUUGGGGAUUUGGCUCUUCAUGUCUGAGAUGCCCUAUGGGACCCUGUCGAGCGGCAUGCUCUGGAAGCUCUUCUACCUCAUGCACCAUACGGAGAACGAGAAUAUAGAGAGCCUGUACUCUGUGAUUGACACGGCCACGUACAAGUCUUCUCUAAGCGAUCUGGUAAAUCAUGAAAAAUUUGAGGCUUAUUUCUCCACCAUGAACAUUUCGGAGGGCAUCUGUCUUCUCACCACGUACGCCCAGAUGGCACAGACCAAGCAGCACGAUGUAGAUGAGGAGCUGGUCAAGACCAUUGCUUUGGAGAUCUAUGAAGUGUCCUACGUCAGUCUGUCCACGAGAGAGGCUUAUUCUAAAGUGGGACGUGAGCUUCUAGCUUCAAUUACUGCUGCACACAGCGACGUCAUAUCUAUUAUCCUGGAACGUGUUCGAGAGACCAUCGAUAAAGUGGGAAUGGUUGCACUGUACUUAUUUAAAGAAUUACCCUUACACCGCUGGAAGCCGAGCGCAAUAGAAAUCGGCGUCAUCAGGGAUUGGCUGCUCAACUACAACCUCUCUGAGGUGGAGAACAAACUGGCUUGUAUCAUCCUGGAGGGGCUCAACUGGGGCACCAACGGCUCGAAGACAUUGCACUUGGAUCACUCUGUACAUAUCGAGGUGGCCCUGAUGGUUCUGGAGGCUUAUCAGAAGUAUAUCUCGGACAAACCGUACACGGGGAUCAUCUCAGAGAGUAUUAAACAGGUUUCUUACCUGGCCAGCAUUGUCCGGACAGGACAGACCCCGGAAGCCUCCUUCAACCAGUGGGCUUGGGAUUUGGUCUUAAGGCUGAAGUUACACAGGAAUGACCGACCCGGGCAGCUGUGCGAUGCUGUGCCGGAUCUGACAGAAGCCAACGUACUACACCCCGUACUGAAGGCCGUUAAAUCCAGCGUGCCAAUUGGUUGUUACAUUGCUCUGGCAGCGGCCUCUGUUGGACACACUGUGGACAAGUUCUGUGCGGAAGGCGUAAUGAUGCUGGGAGAUCUCGUACAAGCAAGACAUCUCCGUGCCGUGGUCCACAUUCUGGAUAAACUCCUGCCCAUGUUUUAUCCUUGUCCCAGCUAUCUCCUGAAAAAUGAGCUGUUUUUGUCCUUUAUACAGCUCUUCCUGCAGCUGGACAGCGGAGUUCCUCAGGGGAUGACUAUGCAGAUGACUCACAAGGUCACCCAGCACCUGACUACCAUCAACUAUGGGGAGAAUGUGAAGCUGCUCACCAACAUGAUCCAGUCCCAUAUUGCGGCGAGCACUAAUCCCAACGAAGUGGGCCCCGUGGCGGUGCUGGAGUUCUGGACUCAGGUUCUUAUAAGCCAGCAGCUGUGGCACAGAGAUAAAAGCAGCCUUCACCUCAUGGACCAGCUGUGUAAAGUGGCAUUCAGAUACAUGGAGGAGGACUGCGUGCAGAAGCUGCUCUACCAACAGCACAAGGAUGCUCUGGGAUAUCACUGUGACCGCGGCAUUCUCUCCUCCUUCGUCGGCUGGAUUGUGGCCGGCAACGUGACUCCUUCUUUUAUUGACUCCAACUACAACCCUUCUCAGAUCUGGUUCUCAUGGACUGUGCUGAACACGGAGUCUUUGUUUGAAGAGGAUUCUCAGCUGCGGCGGGUUGUGGAAUACGAGUUACUCAGCAAUCCUUCUAUAUCUCCAGAUCAGGCUCUUAAGAAAGCCCAGCAGCAGCUGAAGUUGCCCAUUGUGCCUUCCAUACAAAGGUUGUUGAUUUAUCGCUGGGCUCACCAAGCCAUGGCUACCCCGGCAGACCACCCCCUCUUACCAUUUUUUUGGCAAAAGUUUUUCCUCCUAUAUCUGAGCCGGCCAGGACCGCAGUAUGGGUUACCGGUUGAAGGAUGCAUCGGUAGGAGGUUCUUCAGCAGCCCGGCCCACCAUCACCUCCUCAAACAGAUGAAGCGGCGCCUGAUAGAAGUGGCUGAUUUCCAACACUUGGCCAGCAAAGCCAUCCGAGCCCUCGGCCCCAUGGACGGGUCUCCGGUCUUCUCAGACUCUGGGGGAAGCUCACCGGAGUGUAUGACGUCUCCAAAUCUGCAUAAGGAGCUGGUCAGGCUAUUUAAUGUGUUUAUUGUGUGGCUGGAAGAUGAGAAGUUUCAGAAAGGAGAUGUCUACAUCCCGUCACUGACCAAGCAGUACGACCCGCACCGGCUGGCCAAGAUCAUGCGUGGUGAGCAGAAUCUCUGGAUGGAGUUUAUCAACAUGGAACGGAUCAUAUUUGAAAUUCAGGAAACUGUCAACGCUUGGAACCAAAUCAAGGUGGAAAUGGACACCAGUUUGCUGACUCCGGCUGUUACUGUGGAUGCUCCGCCAUCAGCCACAGCCAAGGACAGAAUCCUGAUUAGCCUGAAGAAGCACAGCGCCCCGGUCCCUGGUACCACCUUGCAGCUGAUGAAGCCACCUGUACCGGUCAUUCCGCCAUCAUGUUUUCUUAACACCCAGGAUGCCAUGAAACUUGUGCACAAAGACCUGACGGUUCUGCAGCAGCAUGCAAAAACUGCCUCUAUGCGAGAGUCCCAACAAGUGGCCUUAGACAGCGAGAUGCUCGACACCAUCCCCAAACUCUACAUCAACAGAGAGGAACAAAUCGAGAUGAAGAUAGAGUGUCGCAGCAACCUCAACAAGACCUGCAAUGGGCCGGCAGUUGUAAUGGUCAAGUUUGAAGGGAUGCAGAUGGAAGAGGUAGUGAGCCAGCAGCUGCACGUCCUUCGUAGGGAGAUGAAACAGCUGCAAGCCGAGGCCACCAAACCCACCGCGCUCAACAUUAUAGAAACCGCGGUGCAUCUGGAGAACUUCAUAACGGCUCUCGUCAAUGCUUAUAAGGUGCAUUCACCUGUGGAGAUACAGAAAAUCGGGAUUGGGACCUUCUUUGCCGUGGUGGAGUUUGUGUGUGACGAAACGCAGCGCCACCCUCCUUCCCGACAGUUCUUCACCUCUUGCAUCGAAAUACUGGGACAGGUAUUUAUAAGUGGGGCCCAGUCUGAGUGCCGGCCCAUACUCCAGACCAUUCUUCAGAACCGGCGCCUCUGCAACCUGCUGUCUCCGUAUUUCACCCCAGCCGCCUCGCCAGGAGAAUUCGUACACCUGUACGAGAAGGUGGUGGAAGCCAUUUCUGAGGACAACAGUGACGUCAUCUUUAUGCUGCUCACCAAGUUUGAUCUGAACCACUGGCUGAACUCUGCAAAACCUUCCAUGUCUGAGCGCAGCAAGCUCCUGGAGUCGGUGCACCUGGCCCUGACGCUCUGCGGCCUGGAACCCGAAGAAGAGCUGCUGAUGCCUUUUAAUAUUUUCUGCAAGCACUGGAGCUCCAUCCUCCGCUAUCAGUUCCCGGAUCACUACAGUGACUGCCUGCGGCUCCUCAUGCAGAGUUCCUCUGAACAACUCCUGAGCCCCGAGAGUUGGAGAACAUCAUUGAAAGCUAUUGGGUGCUACAGCCCCAGAGUUCCCCCCAACAACGUGAAACCAGAAAACAAAGACCCUCUCAUGUUUCCAAACUGCACCAACAAAACCAUGUUAUCGGCCGAGCAGGUCCUGGAGACCAUCAAAUGGCUUUCAGACUUCUUCUACAAACUGCGUUUGUCCAAGUCGGACUUUCAGAGCUUCGGCUUGCUGUCCAAGUGGAGUCUGUACAUGGCAGAAGUGAAGAUCUUCCUGGAAUAUCUGGUGAAGAGUCUCAUUGACUACGAGGUCCUCGCUAUCAAAGAAGAGCCCAUGGGAAGCCACACAGUCCAGACAGGACUGAAAUCGCUACAUUCAGUGGUCACGGAGCUUUUCAAACCCUGGCUGAUGGUUUUGGAUUCAGUAGAGAGCAGCACUCAGCGCUGUUACCCCUGGCUUGAGAGUGACACCCCCACCGCAAUGGCAAUGGUCCAACUGUUUUCUGAUUGUAUUCUCACCCUACACCAGAAGUUCCAGGAUCACCUGCUGCCAGGCCAGCGAGGGGCACUGUGGCUGCACCUAAUGCACUAUUGUGAAUCCUGUACUGCCCCCAUGAGCCCAGAGUACAUCCUAUAUGCCUACCACGCAGAGUACAUAAAGCUGCCCUGGAAGGACAUGUACCCCGACCAGACCCUAAUGGAAGAAUUCUUCAAAGUGGAGAGAGGUAGUCCAAAGAGUUGCUUCCUCUUCCUGGGAGCCGUGCUGUGUGACGUGAACUGGAUGAGUGUCCUGGCAGAUGCCUGGGGUCCCGUUCCUCGCCCGGAAACGCACCGCAUGCUGGUCUGUCUCCUCUUUAUGAUGGUCUUCCUCACUAAAGAGGAAAAGCUCAUCAAUGAGCCUGGAACUCCACUGAUCAAUCUCUUAGGACAAGCUGGCACCUUGUCGUGGCACCUGGUGGACGCCGUGUCAUACCAGAACAUCAUUGGAUAUUUCAGCAGCCAUUAUCCACCUUCCGUCAUCCUGAGCACCCACCUGGCAGAUGAGCUCCUUCUGAAGUUGCUGCGUGUCUCCGCUGGGCUCACCUCCUUCCCUGAAUGCAGCAUCUAUUCCGAUGUGACUCCCAAGUGUCGAAUAUUUGUCCAGCAGAUGGUUCAGUUUUUGGGCUCUUUGGAACAGAGCAACAAAAUCAGCAUCUCAGCCCUAGAGCAAGAGAUGUGCAAAUUGCUGGACGACAUUUCCAUUUUCAGCCCACCGGAUAUGGAGUUGCAAAAGCGUCACAUGGCAGUGAGCAGUCUCUUCAUGGAGCUGCUGAUGCUAAUGAACAAUGCCAGCGUGACCACAGCUGAGUCACUACGAGAGGCCCUAAUCAAGUGGAUUGACUCUAGUGUACAAGGCCUGAUGGUCAUGCCUCUGCUGACCGCAGCUUGUCAGAGUCUGGCCUCCAUCAAGCACAUGGCAGAGGCCACUGAAGCCUGCAUCCUCUCCUACUUUAAGGAUGAGACCCUCCACAUCCAGAACCCGGGCUGGGGUCCGAUACUGGCAUCACUGCAAGUGCCAGAGCUCACCACUGAGGAGUUUCUGCAGGAAUGCCUGACCCUCGGCAGCUACCUGACUCUCCAUGUCUAUGUCCUGCAGUGUUUGAACCGAGAACAGACCCUGCCCAAUGAGCUGAGGGUACUGGUGAGAAUCUCCAAGUGGCUGGAGCAAGCGCAGCCACGCUCUGUGAAUGAGGAGCCCAAGCUCUUCCUGUGGUUCCACAAAACUCUCCAGCUGUCUCUGAUCCAGGUGGAACAAAAUGACAGCACAGUGACUGAUACCAUUAUACGAAUACUAUUGUCUUUUCAAAGCAAGCUGUGCUUUCUGGGUGAGGAAAGGAUGACGUCUGGGAUUCUGGGGGCCAUUGGCCUCGGGAGGAAAUCACCACUGUCUGCAAGAUUUCGGAUUAUCGCUCGUAGCUUGGCUGCCUUCAUUUUGGCUCAGAUUCCUGACGAUAACCAAGUGCGCCUUAGGGCAGGAUCUGGCCUUCACUUGUCGCCAAAAUCUCAGCAGGCUCUUAGUUCUGUGGAGUCCCUGACCUCGAGCAAGCAGUAUGCGGAGUACCAGGACCAGAUCUCCGAGGCCAUGCAGUUCAUCCGGUACCCAGGACACUGCCUUCAGGACGGAAACACACUGCUAGCUCUGCUCAUCAACUCUUUGUACCCGGAAGUGCAUUAUCUGAAUAUUAUACGAUAAACUGCCAAUCUCUCACCCGUGGGAGCUUUUUUUAUGCUUUUCAGUUUUUGUAGCUAUUUAUAUCAUGCAUUUCAUGUUUUUUACAACAUCCCGUAUGUGGUGUGCUCACAAGGAAGAGACGUUAGAAGCUAAUGCAAGUGUAGUGAUUUAAUCCUAAAAAGGGGGUGUACAGGAAGAACAUAAAAAUGCUUUUAAUAGAUAGGUAAGAGUUGAUAUUGUAAGUCCUGCUGUGUAUGUAGUGUGUGCAAUCUUUGUUUACAUACCUCUUCAUAACCAGUGGUCACUGGGCUCAUUUCCUAUUAGCCAUUAAGGAUGCAAAGUAACCCACG